CUGAAAGCUUUUGACCAGGAAGUAAAUGCAUUUGUGGACUAUAUGUUUGGACCUCGAGAUGCCAGGGUCAGAGGAUGGUUCCUUUUGGACUCUUACCUUCCCACAUUUUUCCUUACUGGAGCUUACCUACUCUGCAUAUGGCUGGGCAACAAGUUCAUGAAGGACAGGCCUCCUUUCUCUCUCAGGGCUCACCUCAUUGUAUAUAACCUUGGGAUUACACUGCUCUCCUUGUACAUGCUCAUAGAGCUCAUCCUUGCCACAUGGGAAGGAGGCUACAACUUGCAGUGCCAGAACCUCCACAGCGCAGGGGAGGCUGACGUCCGGGUAGCCAAGGUGCUGUGGUGGUAUUAUUUUUCCAAAGUAAUUGAAUUCAUGGACACUAUCUUCUUUGUACUGAGAAAGAAAAACAGCCAGAUCACCUUCCUUCAUGUGUAUCACCAUGCCACUAUGUUUAACAUUUGGUGGUGUGUUCUGAACUGGAUACCUUGUGGGCAAAGUUUCUUUGGACCCACUUUGAAUAGCUUUAUCCACGUGCUCAUGUAUUCUUAUUACGGACUGUCAGUCAUCCCUUCUAUGCGCAAGUAUCUGUGGUGGAAGAAAUACCUCACUCAAGCACAAUUGAUCCAGUUUCUGCUCACUAUUGUGCACACACUCAGUGCAGCUGUGAAGCCAUGUGGAUUCCCAUUUGGUUGCCUCAUGUUCCAGUCCUCCUACAUGGCCACGCUGGUCAUUCUCUUCAUAAACUUCUACAUUAAGACAUACUGGAAAGCACCUUCAAGAACAGCUAUAAAGGAAACCCCUGUCACAACAGAAAUCAAGAACGGUUUCCAUAAGGACUACUUUGCUGCUGCCAAUGGAUUCCUGAACAAUAAGAAAGCACAAUAA